AUGGCACCAGCAGCAGCUGCAGGGGACUCAAUUAUGCCAAGAGAUGUUUGCAUUGUUGGUGUUGCCCGAACACCAAUGGGUAGAUUGCUUGGUUCUCUUUCAUCAUUAGCUGCAACCAAGCUUGGAUCUAUCGCGAUUGAGAGUGCCUUGAAGAGAGCAAAUAUCGAUCCAUCACUUGUUCAAGAAGUUUUCUUCGGAAAUGUACUUAGUGCUAAUUUAGGACAGGCUCCUGCUAGGCAGGCAGCAUUAGGCGCGGGUAUCCCUAAUACGGUUGUCUGCACAACUGUCAACAAAGUGUGUGCCUCUGGAAUGAAAGCGACUAUGCUAGCAGCACAGAGUAUCCAACUUGGCAUCAAUGAUGUUGUUGUGGCUGGUGGCAUGGAAAGCAUGUCUAACGUCCCAAAGUACCUGGCCGAGGCAAGAAAAGGUUCUCGACUUGGACAUGAUUCUCUUGUUGACGGGAUGUUAAAAGAUGGAUUGUCGGAUGCUUAUAGCGACGUUAGCAUGGGGGUUUGUGCUGAGUUAUGUGCUGAACACCAUAGUAUAACAAGAGAGCAACAGGAUGAUUAUGCAGUUCAAAGUUUUGAGCGUGGAAUUGCAGCUCAAGAGGCUGGUGCUUUUGCAUGGGAGAUUGUUCCUGUGGAGGUCUCUGGGGGAAGAGGAAGACCAUCCACUAUCGUUGAUAAAGAUGAAGGUCUCGGAAAGUUUGAUGCUGCGAACUUGAAGAAGCUGCGACCGAGUUUCAAGGAAACCGGCGGUACUGUCACAGCUGGAAACGCGUCCAUCAUAAGCGAUGGUGCUGCUGCCCUUGUUUUAGUAAGUGGAGAGAAGGCUCUGCAGCUUGGACUCGAAGUCAUUGCAAGGAUCUCUGGGUAUGCGGAUGCUGCUCAAGAACCGGAAUUAUUCACAACUGCCCCAUCACUUGCAAUCCCCAAGGCGAUCUCAAAUGCUGGUCUAGAAGCUUCCAAAAUAGACUAUUAUGAGAUUAAUGAAGCCUUUGCAGUUGUGGCUCUUGCGAAUCAGAAGCUGUUGGGUCUUAGUACAGAGAAAGUGAAUGUAAAUGGUGGAGCGGUAGCCCUGGGGCAUCCUCUCGGUUGCAGUGGGGCUCGCAUCUUGGUCACACUUCUUGGGGUGUUGAAGCAGAAGAAUGGGAAGUAUGGUGUCGGUGGUGUUUGCAAUGGAGGAGGUGGUGCUUCGGCCCUUGUCCUUGAGCUUCUGUAA